AUGUUUUACCAAUACAGUGGCCGGAACCAAAGACCCAGAGGGCUCAAGGUCAAUCAGGCUUUUCAGGUUGCCCUGGUUUUGGCAGUUUGCAUUUGGUUGUUCUAUCAGAUAAUAUACUCGCAAGACAAGAGGGAAGAGUAUGAUGGAAGUGUAAAAGAGAACCUCAGCAGUGAUCAUAAAAGGAUAAUUUUGGGGAGUAAAGGGAAUUCUGGGCCUAGUAGUGAUGGAGUUCAGAUAGAUUCUGGUGAUGGAAAUCCCACUGGAGAAGAUGAAAAGAAAGAUGGUGGGGGUGGAGAUGAUGAGUUGGAUGAGAACGAUGAAGAAGAGUCUCCCCACAAAAGAAAUGAAGGUUCACAAGAAAGCAUCACUAAUCAUGACAAGAAAGGCGAUCAAGAGAACCCAGAAGCACAAUAUAAGGAUCCACAGGACAUUGAAGAUAAUGUAAGUGAUACUCAAGUAAGAGAUGGAGAUGAAGGAGUGGGUUCAGGCAAGGAAAAUGAUGAAGAUGGGGACUCUAAAGAGAGUGCAGAGGAAGUUGCACCACAUGGGAUCAAUGGAUUUCAUGAUGAAAAUGGGGUUCCAGAAAAUGGCCAUGAGCUCCGAAAUGCCAAUGAAAGCCCAAGUCCAAUAGCUGAGGGGUUUGGCAAUGAAGAAAAUAACAUAGAGAUGCCAACAGAAAAUAUGGUUGUGGAAAGAGAGGCAUUUAGAUCUCAAACAACCAGCAAAAAUGAUGAGAUGGAAACUCUAAGUAAUAGCACUGCAGAAGGCAGAGAAAGUCACCCCACUGCUGAAGGAGAAAAUCAUAAUGUACUAUUUGAACAUGAAUUUAGCACAUUGGAUGUGAGAGGACCUUCAAACAAUACACAAGAUGCUGGUGUAGUUUCAGAGGAUUGA